AUGGAGAAUGAGCUGCAGGAGCUGUCAGCGGGCGUGCUUGAGAGAAACAAGGGCUACUACAAUACAUCCCAGGGACGGCCAGACGGGUCGGGGGGAUAUACUUACUCUUCUCGUGGUGGGAACACUGGAGGGAGGUGGGACACUCGCUCAUCUGGAUCAAGCGAUCGGGAUGGGGAGUUACCUGAUCGCGAGUCUCAGACACAGGGGCGUGGUGGAAACCAGUACAGACGCAAUUGGCAGAACACGGAGCAUGAUGGCCUACUGGGAAGUGGCGGUUUCCCUAGGCCAUCAGGAUAUGCUGGGCAGUUGUCAUCAAAGGAUCACGGCAAUGCGCCUCAGCUAAACAGGACAUCGGAACGCUACCAGCCACCACGUCCUUACAAGGCUGCUCCUUUUUCGCGGAAAGACAUUGACUCAAUGAAUGAUGAGACAUUUGGGUCUUCUGAAUUAUCAAAUGAGGAUAGAGCAGAAGAAGAAAGGAAGCGGAGGGCAUCUUUUGAGUUGAUGAGAAAAGAGCAACACAAAGCAAUGCAAGGAAAGAAGAAUGGUCCUGAUAUCCUGAAGGAGAAUCCCAGUGAUGAUAUCAUUUCACAGUUACAGACAUCUACUGCAAAGGCAAAUGCCAAAACUAAAAAUGAGAGGUUAGAUGGUUCUGCAGUAUCCUUGUAUCAGGAAGAUACCACUAAACCAUCUUCAGUUCUACUAGCUCCUGCAGCCAGGCCGCUUGUCCCGCCGGGUUUUGCAACUGCAUUUGCGGACAAGAAGCUUCAGCCACAGUCGUCUAACAUCGCACAUGAGCCGAAGCUAGAGGGUGACCAGUUAGCAACAGAGUUCACAUCUGAAAGUAAAGAGAAGGGAAUUUCCAAUAACGUUGCUAUUAUGGGUCCAAAGCACACGCUUCCAGCUGGUGGUGUUACCUCUUCAGCUGAAUUGCCUUCUAGCAUUCUGAAAGGGAGCGAGGAUUGGGAAGCUGAUGUAAUGGAUAAGUAUUCUAUUGGAAAAGAAGGCAAAUCUAAAAAUACUGAUCCAGUUAGGAAGGAUGAUUCAGUAUCAAUCUUAGAACAGUUCUUUGGCAAUGUUUUAUCGAAAAGCGGCAGUAACCUACCUACUUAUGUUGAGAACCAGCCAUUGAAAACUGAUGAUGACAUGAUUGCUUCUUCUGUGCCAGAAUCAUCCAAAUUUGCUCGCUGGUUUCUUGAUGAAGACUUGAAACCUGCAGAAGACUUAUCUUCAAAGAGCCUGCUCUCCAUGAUUGUCAAAAAUGAAAAUCCAGGUCCAGAAAAUAUAAUCCAUGCUCCUUUAUCUGAUGCUGCUGUCCAGAAUUUAUCGCCAAGAGGACCUAUUGAUAAACUUGAUUCUGCAUCGAAGCUUACCUCAUUUACAUCCCCUACGCCUGCCGAUGGAAUUCUUGAACAAUACAUCCAUCCUGAUAUUCCAGAGGCAGUUCCUGUUAUGAUGACAUGUGAGGAUCUUGAGCAGACAAUGUUAGCACAGGUUAGCAAUAGCAGCUCAACUCAGAUAAAUGCUACAAAGGAGCAACUGACUGUUAUGGAUGAGCCAGUUGCCAUGCAGAAAGUAGCUGUAGAUAAUCAUGCAUCACAGCAUCUUCUUUCAUUGUUGCAAAAAGGAACAGAUAAUAAGGGAGCACCUUUGCUGGGUUUCCAGAGAGGAUCAACUGAUGAACCUCAGAGUGUUGGCACAAAUUUAAUGGCCAAUGGUGGAAUAUCUGGAAGUGAUCCAGUUAACAGUGUUGACAACGUUCCUACUUCUGGGAAGAACUUGACAUUGGAAGCGUUAUUCGGGGCUGCAUUUAUGAAUGAGCUCCACUCAAAAGAUGCACCAGUUUCUUUUCGAGGAUCCACAACUGGUGGUCCUACUGAGUUUGCAGAGACGGGUAAAACUCUAUUGUCAUCUAGCCAUGAAGGAUACUACCCUGUUGAACAGACCCUACACUUCAACAAUACUAAAGAUGCUGCUGUCCCUCGAGAACCAGGUAUCGAGCAUUCAGCAGUACCUGGUCUAAUUCAGGGGAGUGCUAGUUUUGACAAGAAAGGAAUGGAAAUUCAUCUGCCUGAAGAAGAUAAUUUGUUUACCAUGAGUGACUCUCUGCCUGGUCAAAAUUCUGAUAUUUUGGCAUCAGUAGGAUCCAGCAGGGUUGAAGGGCUAUUGCCUGUAAAGGCACUUGAUGACCUCAGUUAUAGGUUUCAAAGUCUUGUGCCUGGCGAUGCAGAACACAUUCAAGUACUUGGUCCUGAUGCACUCGGAUCUCAUCCUCGUGACCAGCGUUAUCAGGUUGAUUCUCAGAAUCUGUAUCAUCUUCUACAGGGUAGGCCUCCUAUGAUGGCACCUCGCCCUAUGAUGGAUCACAUUGUUAAUAGGAAACAGCCAGCUCCAUUUGAUAUGCCACAGUCGAUACACCAUGAUUCUCACCGUUCUUUCCCAUCUAAUGUGAAUCCUAUGCAACAUAAUCUUCAUGGGCCAGGGGUCCCUCACUUGGACCGAAUGCACAUAUUAUGCUACAACACAUGUCCAUGCCUGGAAGAUUUCCUCCAGAAGGCUUGCCAAGAGGUGUCCCGCCAUCUCAGCCUGUGCAUCACAUGGCUGCCCAACUAUGGAGAAUUUGGAUUGAUGAUGCCAGGCCCAUCAGGCCCAGAGGUGAGAGGCAAUCAUCCAGAGGCAUUUGAAAGGUUGAUCCAGAUGGAGAUGUCAGCCAGAUCGAAGCAACAGCAGGUGCACCACCCAGCAAUGGCUGCAGGCCGCGUACCUAGUGGGAUGUAUGGGCAUGAGCUUGAUGCGAAGUUAAGAUACAGGUGA